AUGCCGGUUCCCAAAGUGGAUUCGGAGCUUCUCCAUCUGGAGCACGAGCUGCGCAAGGAACUAUUUGAUGCCCUGGACAGGCGCUUGUCUCCAAUUCUGGUGCGCUUGACUGCCUUGGAGGCGCAUUUAAUCCAGGGCACAGAGGAGGAUGGCCUUCUGGCCAAGGGACCAGGCGUCCCGUCUCUCCAACCUGGCGAUGCAGAUGGAGUCGUGCGCAAGGAUUUGGAUGAGGCCCUUUUCUUGAAUCGGCAGACGCCACCAGCGCUGGAGGAGCACUGCCAGCAUGUACAUGUUGGGGAAACAGUUUGGAACUUUGUGCUUGUUAUCGGCCUCUUGGACAGCGGCUGCGUGGACACUGCAAUUGCUUUUGCCAUCAUGGUUGGCAAUGCGCUGAUGCAAGCGUUAUUUUGCUGGGCCAUUAUGUCGCCAGAGUUUCGUGGUGCCGCAUUUGUUUCACAAAUCGAAGUUGCCAAAAAAUGGCGGUUGGGCGUUGGCCACGACUCCACUUACAUGGACAGUGCACCGACAAGCCUCAUUGCUCGCGUGUGUGGGAAUGAUGGGACGUUGAUUGUAGCAAACUCACAGGCGAGGCUUGUGCAUGACAUCAACGCAUAUUUGGGUUAUGGAGAUGCCCCAUGGGUUAUUCCGACUUCACCAGGGGCACUCCUGAGCAUGCUAUGCAUUUUGCAUUGGUGCCUAUACAUAUUUGAUGAAAUCCGCAGCAUUUGCAUCACGAUGCAAGCGGUAGGCCGUGUGCCGUGGGACCGCAACAGUGAGCUGCGGGGGGGCCGACUUGUUCGUAUUUCCCACGAGCGCUUGGUGUCCUACUUGGUGCUCACAGCCCUCAGGGCAUGCAUUGCUGCAAUUUUACUGUAUGCCGGAGUUUUGUGGCUGGCAGGCACCACGUCAAUUGCAGCCUUGAUGGUCAACAGUGUAGCUUUGGCGGCCAUAAUGGAUAUUGACGAGAAGAUUUUUGCAGCAUUGAUGCCCCGACAAAUCCAAGCACAGAUGGAGAUGUUGCAUCCGUUCACUGCGACAUACGGUCGCAAAGCAAGCCAAUUAGAGUCCAUGCUCCUCAGCAUUUUGACGUCAGGCCUCCUGGCGUGGUCAUUCGUCAGCCUCAUCGACCCACUUAGCGCAGAAAUGCGAAUCGUAAAGGAAGAAUACUGCGGAGGAAACCAAGACUUUGUCAUCAAGGCCAAUGCAGACGUGCAGCUGGCAGUCGGAAUUCAAACUGUUCCAUUUGGGCAAGAGGCGGAUGCAAACCUGAACAACUUGGCCGUAGAUGAAUUGCUUCUUUCGAAGGCUAUGGUCAACCUAAAGUACACAGUGGUCGCGGAGACCCUUCGUGAUUUUGCUAGGUGGUCGACGGGGACCGCUCCUGACUGGACGAAAGCUCAGCUUCACGGCUGCCAUCAGUGGGACGGAAGCCCUUUCCUCAACUCCGCUGCGUUUGCGUUGGGUCGGCAAGGCAGAGGCUUCACAUGCGAUGACCUGGCCCGCGACUGUUCUCGGCGAGAGGGCAUCCGUCUCGUUGCCAUGCAAAGAUACCGAUAUGGUCCGGUGCCGCUGCAAGCCAUGGCAAUAACACCUACAAAGCGCAGGCAGCUGAGCGAGGAACUCAUUGAACGCGCUGCGGCCGGCCGGCACCAAGAUGUUGCAAAGCUGCUCGAAGAUGGGGCAGACACAGAGUUUGCGGACAGGAACGGCUACACGGCACUAUCCGAAGCGGCCAUUGCCGGGCAGACAGUCGUUGUGGGCCAAUUGUUGCGGGCAGGUGCAGAUCCCAACAAGCCAGCCAAGGACGGGCGGACUGCGCUCCACCGAGCUGCCGUCCACAGUUGGAUGCCAGUUUUGCGGCUUCUGCUUGAGAACGGAGCAGAUCCAUCCCUGACGGACAGCAACGGGAAAACUGCUGCAGAAGUGGCCAACAAGACGUUUGUGCAGGAACUCAUUGACAGCUUCACAAAAGAGCAAAUUCAAGAAGCAAUGGAUUCUCAAAAGAAAAAGAUGGCCCAGCAGCCGCGCUACGAGGAUGAAAGUGGGUUGAACAAGCCAGAUGCCACCACAGUUCCAGAAGUGCCGAAGAAGGCCACGCGGACUCCCAAGACCAUUUAUUACAAAGACAGGGUAGGAGACACUCAAGCUGGAACUGAUCAAGUCUCUGCAGAAGGUCAGAAACAGUUUUUGGAGUUACAUCCGACUUUGGACAUCAUAGCCCAGCCUGAUGGAUUUGCUUCCCGCACUGGCCAGCUCGCAGGCUACAAGGACGGUGUGCGCUUGCAGGGUGGGAGCCUUAUCGUCAAGACCUCUGAUGGGCUCUUUGCCAGUGACGAGGUCACGCAGCAGCCUCUCGACAGCCCAGAGGAGCGGGCAGCUGUUUGGUUGCAGACGCUGGGUGACGUGCCAGAAGUGGCCCUUGACAUGCAGGCAAUCCAAGCUGCCAAGGCACAGGCUCAGAAUCAAUUCAAUCAGGGCAAUGUCGGUGCUGCUCGGAGAGUCACCACAGCGGCAAUCCGGGCAGCCGAGCUUCUACUCGCCAAGGACUUGUCGUUGGAGGAGAAGGCCAAUGAAGAUCUGCAAUCACUGUUGGGCAUCCUGCGCUCCAAUCGCAGUUUGCUUCUGACGCACCAGAUUCAGGCAGGCGAUGAAGAGGUUUUGCAAUUCGGCUCAGAUGCUGCUUGGAGUUUGGUGGUGAAGGACACGGGUGCGGCAUUGAUGGACAACCCCUCGAAUUUCAAAGCCAGCUUCAGAAGAGCACGAGCUUUGUUCGAGCUAGGUGAGCUUGACCAGGCAAUGGCCGAUGCCACAAGCGUCGUGGAUCACUAUGCUCGCAACACCCAAGUGUCAAAUCCUGAGGCAGUUGCACUACGUCAGAGCAUUAUGGAUGCUCUAAAAAAGGAGCGUGCAAAGUGGGGCGACAAAGGAGGACCACGUUGGAAUCGGCAUCCGCCUCCAUCGCCUUUGCAGGCUGGAGCUCAGCUCUUUGCACAAACCUGGCAAAUGGAGCAAAUUGUCCAAGCGCCCCUUGGCAUGUGGCAUGUGAAAUUCGUCAUCUGCAGCCAGGAGAGCUUCAGAAAUGGAGCUGUGGCCGCAAAGCCGACGAUGCCUCAGCCAGAGGCAAAUCCCAGGCAAGCUGACGAGAAGCUGGCAGCUACCUGCACGAUCUUGCACGAUUAUGCCAGCAUCUGGCAUUUGGCCAGGCAAGAUGCCAAACUCCUGGGCAACGAGCGGAGGUUUGUAAUGGCACCUACUGCUUCGAUGGCCUCCAUCAAGCAAAGCCACUUUUCCGAGCUGAAUCAGGGGUAUAGCUUCCCUGACAGCCGAACGGCUUGGCCACCGGAGGGAGAGUGGACGCGUGAAGGGUCAGUUGAGAUAACAUCCGGAUCAGCGCCGGUUGUGAGCCUUGUGGAUGAGCCCUUCAAAAGCCUUGGGGAGCAAGGUAAUUCCUUGCGGCUCGAAGGGGGUCGCUCAGUGCUUAAGCGGGAGGAGAACAAGAGCUGGCGCUGGAUAGAGUUGCCGGUCUAUGCCAACUCCCAGACGAAUUCUUUGGGAAAACUCGAGGAAUCCGCGGGAGACCAGGCAGGGCACAUGGCUGUUCCAUCGUUGGAGGAGCUUUGCGCCCAGCUUGAUGCUGAAGAAACUGCGGACGAUGUUGCGCCUGACGGGCUGAACUUUGGCCUGCUCGGGGGCAUUGACGACAAGGAGGAGGAGGAGCGCGCAGCACCACCUGCGAACGGCUAUUUGAGCUCCGACAUGAUUCGGCAGAUGGGUGAAGGCAUGCUCGUGAGACUGUCGCAAGAUGCGAGGAGUAGUCAGCAGUCGCAGAGUACCAGGUCACCGGAGGCUUGUGAGGGGCCGCCAUGGCCGCUCGAAGAGCCCCGGAUUGGAAUGGCAGCGCGGCUCAUGAAGUCUGACGCUGAGUCGCAACGCGGCGAGUCCGGCAAUCUCCUCCGCGCAAACCGCCUCCGAUUCCGCUAA